AUGGGCGUUUUGCCCAUCAGGUUGAUCGAACCAAAGGGGUCGAAAGAAACUUACGCCUUUCUCGACAAUGGCUCAGAUUCCACCCUCUUGUCCUGUGCGGCCGCCGAGACUUUGAGUAUUGAAGAUCCAGUAACGAGAAUCCGAGCUACCUUGCUAGCCGGAAUUACUUGUAAAACAACCUCGGAGGUAAACUUUGCGGUUCCAUCAUUAGAUGCUGAUCAUCAGCUGCAAGUGGAGAAGGCCUACACGCUCGAAUCACUACCUAUACAAGUAGCUUACGACCCACCUGAAACUAUGAAUUGCUGGCCUCAUUUGAAGGGUAUACAUUUCGAGAAAAUCCAAAAUAAUACUGUUGAUCUGCUGAUUGGCACAAACACUCCAGAAGCACAAGAUCAACGUAUCGGAACUUCCCGACAACCCUACGCAUUAAAAACAGUUAUAGGAUGGGUAUUGCUCGGUCCCGCGAGAGGGGAGCGUUCUUCCGCAAGAUCUGUCAAUUGUCUAGCUACGGAGAGGACGAUGCAGUCGCAAAUUACCAAACUCUUUGAAAUCAAAUUCGUUGAGGAUAACCAAAAGGAUGAGUUGGCGAACUCCCAGGAGGACAAGUUGGCCCCAGAAACCGUUCGAAGUUCAGCAACUGUUGUGGGGAAUCAUUUUCAGCUUCAUCUACCGUGGAAGAAAAACUGGCGUGAUAUUCCCUUUUAUCGAUAUCUAGCAGAGAGAAGGGUAAAUAACCUGCGAGUACAACUCCAAAGAGAUCCGAAACUGCUGUGUAGAUAA